UAGUAUUUGUUUCCAAUUCCUCCUCUCCUGUCCUCUAUUGCCCCAAAACGCCCUUCGCUUAUCUCCAAGCCGCUCCACAGGUAACUUGUAGACCUUGCGCCGCUGACUCGGAACGAUUUCGUCGGUUUUGGAACGAUUUCCGAGCGAUUCUCAGCGAUUUUUUCCGGCAGGAUUCACUAUGAAGGGUAAAUCCAAGGCUGAACUGAACAACAACGAUGCCAAAUUCCGUAUGCGCCGAGUGAAAAUUGUGAUGGGGAUGUGAAUGUGAAUGUUGUUCCUUGGCUGAAGAAAAGAGGGAGAAAGUCAGUAAGAGGCAAUCGAAGAAGCAAAAGAAGGGAGCAAAGGAUUCCAACGGGCCCAAGAGGCCUCCAAGUGCUUUCUUCGUUUUCAUGGAUUAGUUUAGGCAGGAGUUCAAGAGGGAUAAUCUCAUAAUCCUGAUAAUAAAGCCGUCUCUGCUGUGGGUAAAGCUGCUGGUGCUAGAUGGAAAUCGAUGUCAAAUGCCGAGCUUCCUCGGCCGGCACCACACCAGUGACCUAGCUCACGGUCGACCAUACCUUUGAUCAUAGGCCAUCUGACGAUUACAAGUUGAUUGUAGAUUUUAAGAUCUACAACAAUAAGAAUAUAGAGGCUUACAACAAGAAACUGUCAUGUGGAAGAGGAAGAAGAAUUUGAUGAGAAGUCCAGGUCUGAAGUGAAUGAUGAUAGGGAAGAUGAAGAGGAAACUGGAGAGAAGGAAGAAGAUGAUGAUUAGUCAAGGAGUAAUGGAGAAUCAUAGGUGGAAAUAUUGUAAUAGACUGCUCAAAAUUUGAUAAACAUUUACCCAUCAGUUUAUGGCAUGAUAGUUUAUCAGUGAGCCUCUUAGACAAGUUUAGAACAAACAAAAAAAGGGGUUAGUUUCAGGAUUUUCCUGGGUUUUCAUGUGGAUAUGUACUUAAAAAUAGCUUUUCAUUGCUCAUAUAUCUUUUUAACUUUACAUAUGUUUUCUUUUAUGCUCGUCUUGUGUUUAAUUUUCUUCUGGUGCUUUUGGUUGAUCAGUUAAAACUUUCUUAUUACAAGUAUGGGGUAUUAAAACUAUGUUAAAUUUAAGUUUUUGAUUAACCAAAUGUUGUUUGUUUCUAAUAUUUUGAUUCUGUAAUUGUAUAUAUCAUCUCAAUUGAGUGGUGUUUACUUAAAUCAUCUUCUUUUGGCUUCCUUCCUUCCGAAAUUCUUUGAAAUGAAAAGACUGUCCUUGUUCUGAAGUGGAGACAAAUGGGAUCUUGUUAUUGCAAUUGUUUGCUUCUACUCUGAUGUCUUUACUAGUUAUGUUUUCUGGAAGAUACUUCUUUGGAAGAUGGUAUUGUCAGUAGGAAGUGUGCAGUAUUGUUGAUGUUGCUAAGCAAUUCGUCCAACACUUACUUAGGUGGUCGUAUUUGCAGUACUUUUGACCUUUUUCAUUCUAUUAUAAGUUUUGCCCUUUUGGCAUCAUUUUUUUUUUAUCUGUUGUGGUAAUUAAUACAGACGAAUAUUAUUUGUAUAUAUCUUUGUGGGGUGGGGUUAGAGUUUGUAAAAAAUUUGUUGAGUAGUCAAUUUUGGUUCCCUUUUUAAAAACAAAACAUUCUGGUCUUAAAGAGAAUACUCAUAUUGUUUUUUAUUUGUGUAUGGAUGGUUUUGUGUUUAGGAGGCAUCUAUGUCAAUCAAUCUUUCCGUUUCUUGUCUUAGGAAAUUUGCCUUAUUAUACGCAUGCAGAGGUGAAGCGUAUAUGAAUACCUAAUAUAUAGUAAAUUUCAUUUUCAUGACAUCUUUCAUUUGCAUUUGGAUAGAGAGAAAAUACUACCACAAUGUCGUAAUUUCUAAAGAAGAAUAUUUGUCUAAAUAUUUUUAUCACAUGCGAUGUUCUACUGAUUUUAGUAUUGUGUAUUUGGCUUGGGUUGGUUAUCUCAUAAAAUUAUGAUGCAAACAACUAAACCUAUGUUUCAACCCUAAAACACACGAAAUUAGAAUUCACAAGAGAGAAGUAAUCUCAAAUAUUUUUGGAAUGAUUUCUUAAGAGAUUAUAAUUUACAACCCUAAAUAAAUAGAAAAAACUGAAACAAAGAAAAUUGUAGAAAUUAUAUAAAAUAUUAAAAAUGCUAGUAAUUCCAAGGCUAAAACAGUCCAAUUUGGUCAAAAUAGAGUGUUGAUGCUCAGGACGAAAGGGAGUCCAAAUUUCGCCCAAUUCGGUCAGAAUAGUAGCAGUGGGUAUUUGGGUAGUGGAGAAGUUGGUGAUGUGGAGUAUGUGACAAAGAAAGCGAGACAGAGGAUGGCAUUGGCUGCAGCUCCCGGAAAAUGUAUACUGGUGACAGGCCCUCCGGGAGUCGGGAAAACCACUCUGAUUACGAGACUCUUCGACACCCUUAAGGCGUCUAGCCCUAACGUGAACAUUCAGGGCUUCUAUACCCGUGAGAUUAGAGAAAGGAGUGAGAGGGUUGGGUUUGAGGUUGUCACAUUGGAUGGCCGAACUGCUCCACUUGCAUCAACCACUACUUCAGGCCCAGAGUCUCUUAGAUGGCCUACUGUUGGGAAGUACAAAGUGGAUGUAGCAUCAUUCGAGUCACUGGCAUUGCCUGAGUUACAGGUCAGAGAAGAUACCGAUCUCUUCAUCAUUGAUGAAGUUGGAAGAAUGGAGUUGUACAGUUCAUCCUUUUUCCCUGCCGUUUUGAAUGUUCUGGAAUCGCAUAUCCCAGUUUUAGCUUCGAUCCCCAUUCCAAAAUUUGGGCGAGAUAUUCCUGGAGUUGCACGUUUGAGGAAUCACCCAGGAGCAACCAUUUUUACUCUGAGCCAAAGUAAUAGAGAUGCUGUGAAAGAAGAAGUGUACUCUAUACUGGUGGAUAAAAUCAGUAAGCAUUAGAAGAACAUGCUAGUGUGAAGCUGAAACUGAGGCAUAUUUCACACACACUACUCUGUCUUCAUGUGAAGAAGCUCUGGAGCCUUUGUUUUGGGAAGUUCAUCAAGAUGAUUUUCAGACAAAAUGAUGGAAAAGAAAAACAUAAAGAUGUGCAAAUAGGAUUUUGUUUUUUUCUGAGUCAGGAAGAUUGAUUGCGUUUUAACUUUUCUUUGAUUACGUCAAAGCUGUGGUUCGCUUC